CCCAGCUGGCGCCCGGCCCGGCCCGGCCAUCUGGCUGGAGGAGGGAGCCAGGCUGGGGCGGAGGCGGCGCAGGAGGGCCAGGCAGGAAGCCGAUGCCACUAACAACAGCCUCGAGGCAGCGCGAAGUGGCGGCCGUGCGAGCCAAGUUCCCCAACAAGCUGCCCGUGAUCCUGGAGCGCUACCCCAGGGAGAAGGCGCUGCCCGUCCUGGACAGGACCAAGUUCCUGGUGCCGCAGGAGCUGACCAUGGGGCAGUUCGUGGCCAUCAUCCGGAACCGCAUGGCGCUGAGCGCUGCCCAGUCCUUCUACUUCCUGGUGGAAGGCAACCGGAGCCUGAUCAGCGCCUCCCUCACCAUGGCCGAGGUGUACGCCCGGAGCCGGGACCCCGACGGCUUCCUCUACAUGACCUACGCCUCGCAGGAAGUCUUUGGCGGAGCGGGACCGCGGCUCGGGCACCCGAGUCCAGCUGGAGCCACAUAGACACUUCGAGGAUCCUGCUUGGUGCUGUGCCAGGCUGGAGUGACUCUGGAGCAGGCUGCCCAUGUGGACGGUUCUUAGAUGUUCCCACGGGGCGUGGCUCAGACUUGCCCCUUCUCAUUGCACAGAUCCACUGCUGCACCCCACCACGAGGCUGGGAUGGGGUCCUGCACAGGGGGAGCACGGCCCCUUCCUUCCCUCUGCACAUGCGUGCACACAGCUGCCCCGGGGGAGGGUGGAGGGGCACUGCACAGGGUCAGAACGGGGAUGCGGUAGGGGCAGUGGGAAGGGAAGGCACCAGCUCCACUACUCAUGGGAUCAGUGGGGCACGGGGUGUCCUGGCUCCCCUGGCCCCAGGCUGCUGUUGGUGAGUCCGUAAAGGCUUCCGGAUGCCUGGUGGGAGGGAAGGGGGCCAGGAUUUGGGACGUGUAUCCACAGGAAACUUGGGGAAGGCAAAGUCUCUUGUGACCUGCCCUGGCUCUGUCUUUGGCAGCUAGACCAGGGCCCAGUGGGUUAUGGCCUGAGGCUUGAGGUCACCUGGGUGGGGGUUGCCUAGACAGAGCUGGGGGGGGAAGGAGUAGGGACAGAAGUAGGUAUAUGGUUGGGGGGUAAGGGAGGAAGUGAUCCACACCUUUCCUUCCCCCACUGACCCAGGCCACGGGUGAAACACUGUCUCCAGCAUUGAGGGGUGUACAUGCACAGAGAUAAGGCAUGCAGGACCUGGCUCUGCCCCAUGUCCCACAGCGCUCAGCUUGGUGGUGCCUGAGCAGUGCCCCGUCCUGUCCCAGCAGCCGGGGGAGAAGGCUCUGGCCUGAGCAGGAGGCAGGCGGCGCAAGAGAGAGCAAGGCGCAGAGAGUGGGAGAGCUCAGUGCUGGCUUUAC